AUGUAUAUGGUAAUGAUUAUUGUGGUGAUGUUUAAAAGUGUAUUUGUUUAACAGUCUUAUAGGUAUUAUAUGUUUUGUGAUGACGUUUAUUAGCAGUAGUGCAAUAGGAUGUGAAAAGAGACCAAAGGAGAUUAGUUUGAGCAUAUUGAUUUAUUGUUAAGAAAUGCACUGUAUGUUUAUGUUUUUGUUUACACAGUUCUCACGGUCUGUCAAGGUCUGCCAAGUCAAGAUAAACAGAUCAGUAACAAAAAGAACUCCAAGCUGUCUUUUAUAUACGAGAGGGCGUGGCCCUGACCUUUGGACGCCACAGCGACGAGGACUUUUGUUCGGAAGCCAAUCGCUCACACGCUGAAACGAGACGACGCGAAGGAGAGCGUGCGUGCAGAGCCGUUCAGAAUCACGUUAUUUAGUCAGCUGGACGGUCGGUCGGUCGGUCAGUUAGCGAGCGAGCCAGUCGCUCGGCGAGUCUGAGCAACUUGUUGGCGAUUGCUCAGACGGUUCACUCGGUCCGCUUGUCGGUUAUUCAGCUUUCAGUCGCUGGCUUCCUCCAUAAAUGCUCAGUUGUUUACUUUGAUUGAAGUUUGGGGGUAAGGGCUAAGUUACUUCUUGAAGGGACGUAACGCCAAGGAAGCCAAGCCAUCAGCAAAGUCAUUGUCAAGCAGCCUCGAGGACCAGGAAGGAGUUGUAAGAAGAGCAGACUUUGGCCUCCAGCUUCUCGGAAAUGCCGCCACCUUCUGGGCUUUGGACGUGGGACGCUCUUGUGGCCGCCGUCUCUUGUGCGAGAAAAUCAAGGUGAUCCCUUUGCGUUCAGGUUCAUGCGGGAAAGAUGGCUCUGGAUAUGAAAAUCAAGGGCCUGCUGUUGGAAACGCUGAAAGACCUGGGGCAGGAGGACUUCAAGGAGUUCAAGUUUUUUACGGACCUGCCCGAAAGCAUCACAGAAGACGCAGACCGGACUGACAUCGCCAAACAGCUGAUGAACAGGCACGGGAAGAACGCGGGGGAGAAGACCAUCGAGAUUCUGGAGAAGAUCAACAACUACAACCUGGCCCAGAAGCUGCGCAACAACCUGCCGCAAAUCACAGGUAGCAUCUCCUCAGUGGAUGACGUGGCAGAUGACCGUGGCAGCCGACAUGAAGGCACUCGGCAUCAACCACGAGAUGGGCAUGGACCAUUCCCGGUGGAAGAAAGCCAUAUCGAGAACCCAGUCCAACCGAUGAUGAUGGAUAACGAGCAGAUCGGUAGCAUCUCCUCGGUGGAUAACAGGAAGGUCGAUAGCAUCUCCUCGGUGGAUAACGAGCAGAUCGGCAAAUUCAAGCGGGAGCUGCAAGAGAACCUGCGGAAUAUCUACCUCAACGUUCCCGAGGGCAACACGAUGUACAGCCAGCAGGAGCCUUUGGAGAACGUCUACACCGAGCUCAACAUUACCCGCGGCGUCGCCGGUCUCCCCGACAAGCAGCACGAGGUCCUUCAGAUGGAGAUGUGCGGCGUGGCCGAGGAGGAGUCCAUCCAGCCGUGCGACAUCUUCCAAAGCCAGGAGCCCCUUCGCACGAUGCUCACCGUGGGCUUCGCGGGCAUCGGGAAGACUUUCCUGGUGCGCAAGUUUGUCCUGGACUGGGCCAGCGGGAGAACCAACACAGACGUGGACUUCAUCUUUCCCUUCGCCUUCCGCGAGUUGAACUUGGAGGAGAACAAUAGCUUUUCGCUGGCGGACCUCAUCCGACACUCUGUCUGGGAGAGCAAGGCCAUCAAGAUGCUGGACCACAUCUUGGUCAGUCUGCAAGAGUCGGACAACUACCAGUCCAGCGAGAUCAAGCUUUUGUUUGUGCUGGACGGCCUGGACGAGUCCCGCCUCAUACUGGACCUGAGCGACGAGCCCAAGAAGCGCCUGGAUGUGACCGGAUCCUACCCCGUGGAGGUGCUCCUGGCGCAUCUCAUCAAGGGGAACCUGCUUCCCUGCGCCCGGGUUUGGAUCACCACGCGGCCCCAGGCGGCCCACGACAUCCCGCCGCGCCUGGUGGACGGCAGAACCGAGGUGAAAGGCUUCAACGACUCCCAGAGGAUGGACUACUUCAGGAAGAGGUUCCUCGCCGAGGAGGGGGUCAUCAAGCACAUCCAGAAGUCCCGCACCAUUUUGAUCAUGUGCCACUUGCCCAUCUUCUGCUGGCUCACCGCCAUCGUUCUCCAAGACUGUCGGGAUGCUGGAAAGGAGCUGCCCGAAACCCUGACCGAGAUGUACACAGAGUUCCUGCUCUAUCACCUGGACAAGUCCAAGGAGCGAGACAGCCGGAAGAGCACGGAGUACGUCAAAGCGCUGGCCAAGCUGGCUUUUCAGCAGCUGAUGAAAAAGCAACAGAUCUUCUACGAGAGCGACUUGCGGGAAAGCGGCUUGGAUGACCCGCAGGGCGCAAAACACUCGGGAGUCUUCACCGUGGUCUUCAAGGAGGUCCCCCCGCUCCAGAAAUACCAACGCAAGAUGUUUCAGUUCAUCCACCUGACCGUCCAGGAAUAUCUGGCCGCUCUCUACGUGAUGAUGAGCCUGUUCCAGGACGACACGAACGUGCUGGACGAUUACAUGUGGACGCUGAAAGGCCUGUUUCUUUGGAAGCGGAAGCAGCUCACUUGGGUACACGAGGUGGCCAUCCGCAUAGCCUCCAAGAGUGAGGGAAACCUGGACUUGUUCCUCCGCUUCCUGCUGGGCCUCUCCUUGCAGUCCAACCAGGAUCUACUGGGUGAGCUGCUGAAGGUUCCCAAGAACUACAGACACAGCAAGGCAGAAACGGUCCGCUUGAUCAAGCGACGGAUCGAGCGGAAUUCUCCCGAGGAGAACAUCAACUUGUUCUACUGCCUGAACGAGCUGAAGGACAAGUCCCUGCUGGAGCAGAUCCAACAAUACCUAAAAGGGGGGGGAUUGUCCACGGAGGACCUACCUCCGGCCAUGUGGUCGGCCCUGGUCUUCUUCUUGCGGGCUUCCGACGAAGCCAUGAGCUGCUUUGAUCUCCGGAAAUACGCUCCGUCUGAGAAGGGGCUCCUGAAGCUGCUGCCGGUGGUCAAGGCUUCUCAAAAAUCAGUGCUCGAGAGGUGCAACCUGAGCAAGAAAAGCUGCGAGGCGCUGGCCUCCGUUCUAAGCUCGUCCCGCACCCUGAGCCAUCUGGAUCUCAGCUGGAACGACUUGUACGAUGACGGGCUGGAGGCGCUCGCCGCUGGACUGGCAAAGCCGCAGUGCACCUUGCAAGUUCUCAGGCUCGAGGACUGCAAGCUGAGCAAGAAAAGCUGCGAGGUGCUGGCCUCCGUUCUAAGCUCGCCCUGCAGCCUGAGGGAGCUGUAUCUCAGCCACAACAACUUGGGUGACGACGGUCUGGAGGCGCUCGCAGCCGAACUGGCAAAGCCGCAGUGCACCUUGCAAGUUCUCGGGCUCGGAGAAUGCCAGCUGAGCAAAAAAAGCUGCGAGGCGCUGGCCUCCGUUCUAAGCUCGUCCCGCACCCUGAGCCAUCUGGAUCUCAGCUGGAACACCUUGCACGACGACGGGCUGGAGGCGCUCGCCGCUGGACUGGCAAAGCCGCAGUGCACCUUGCAAGUUCUCAGGCUCCACAGAUGCCAGCUGAGCAAGAAAAGCUGCGAGGCGCUGGCCUCCGUUCUAGGUUUGCCCGGCAGCCUGAGGGAGCUGGAUCUCAGCUUCAACGACUUGUGUGACCACGGGCUGGAGGCGCUCGCCGCCGGACUGGCAAAGCCGCAGUGCACCUUGCAAGAUCUCAGGCUCAUGAGGUGCAAGCUGAGCAAGAAAAGCUGCGAGGCGUUGGCCUCCGUUCUAAGCUCGUCCCGCACCCUGAACCAUCUGAAUCUCAGCGGGAACGACUUCCACGACCACGGGCUGGAGGCGCUCGCCGCCGGACUGGCAAAGCCGCAGUGCACCUUGCAAGUUCUCAGGCUCCAGAGCUGCAAGCUGAGCAAGAAAAGCUGCGAGGCGCUGGCCUCCGUUCUAAGCUCGCCCGGCAGCCUGAGGGAGCUGAAUCUCAGCAGCAACGACUUGUGUGACGACGGGCUGGAGGCGCUCGCCGUCGGACUGGCAAAGCCGCAGUGCACCUUGCAAGUUAUCGGGCUGGAGUGUUGCAAGAUCGGCACACGAGGAUAUGUCUCACUGGCCAAGGCUCUUUGGUCCAACCCCUCCCACCUCCAACAGCUGUAUCUGUGGGGCAAUGACAUUGGAGAGGAAGGAAAGCGGGCCUUGGAGGAGGUCCAAAUGGAUUCUCGCUGCAGUCUGAAGAUCGAGUGGCUGGAGGCUUGAUGUGACGCCAUUGACACCAGCCUUGGAUCCUUGGGGAGAGUUCUGAGCACGAAUGGAUGGAUGGAUGUGGAUGCAUGCAGAAGCUCGCGAAGGAUGCCUUUCCCCUGGAGCGUUUGGCUGAGG